AUGACAGAGCUAGUCACUACCAUAGAUGGCCAUCAGAUUUCUAUUGCUGUGGACACACUAGCCAAAUCAUGCCAUUGUCCACACCGAUGCCCUCAAGAGCUACAAGAGCUUUAUCCUAGGCUAUACAGGCCUUCUUAUGCUGACAUGGCAAUAUUUCUGAUAGGUCUCCAUGCCGAUGAUUAUUAUUAUUUUAUUUCAUUCCAGGUGAAAGAAGCUCCAUAUACAAGACUUUGCAGCACCAAGAACAUCUUGACAGUAAAUGGACAAUUUCCGGGACCAACUCUAUACGUUCACAAAGGAGAUACAAUAGUGGUCGAUGUUCAUAACAAGGGCAAACAAAACAUCACAAUUCAUUGGCAUGGAGUGAAACAGCCAAAGUAUCCAUGGUCAGAUGGUCCUGUAUAUAUCACACAGUGCCCUAUUCAACCAGGAGCAAAAUUUAGCCAAAAUAUCGUAUUUUCCACAGAGGAAGGAACUCUAUGGUGGCAUGCUCACAGUGAUUGGUCACGUGCCACUGUCCAUGUUGCUAUUCUUGUCUAUCCCAAGCUUGGAAUUGGCUACCCUUAUCCUAAGCCUUAUUCAGAAGUGCCCUUAAAUUUAGGUGAGUGGUGGAAGGAAGAUAUAAUGGAGGUUCAAAAUGAUUUUCUUGAGAAUGGAGGAGAUCCAGUUGUGUCUGAUGCUCUCACUAUAAAUGGUCAACCUGGUGAUCUCUAUCCAUGCUCGAAAUCAGGUACAUUCAAGUUAAUGGUGGAACAUGGCAAAACCGAUUUACUCCGCAUGAUCAACGCCGGCAUGAGCGACAUUUUCUUCUUCUCAGUCGCAAAACAUCACCUCAUAGUCGUUGGAACGGAUGGUAGCUACACCAAGCCAUUCAAAGUUGACUAUGUCGCAAUAUCCCCCGGACAAACCCUAGAUGUCUUACUAGAAGCCAACCAACCUCCGGACCACUAUUACAUGGCCACUAGGGUUUAUUCGAGCGCCAAUGGUGUCAUCUAUGACAACACAACCGGGACAGCCAUCGUCCGCUACAAAGGAAACUACGCUCCAUCUUCAUCUCCUUCCUUACCUAAACUUCCAGACUAUAAUGACACAAAUGCGUCGGCUAAUUUCACUGGUAGAUUCAGAAGUUUAGCUAGUGAAGACCACCCCAUCAAUGUCCCAUUAAACAUGACCACCAAGCUCAUUUUCACUGUCUCGGUCAAUACCUUACCAUGUGCUGAUGAUUCGUGUGAUGGACCAGAUGGUACUAGGCUCUCCGCGAGUGUGAACAACAUAAGCUUUGUGCCUCCAUCAAUUGACAUACUUCAAGCUUACUAUAAUCACAUCAAUGGUGUGUACGGAGAUCAGUUUCCUAAUUUCCCGCCAUUGGUAUUCAAUUUUACUGGUUAUCUUCCUUUCAAGCUAUAGUUGCCGAAAAACGACACUGAAGUGAAAGUACUUGAAUAUAACUCCACGGUUGAGCUUGUUUACCAAAACACAAACUUGGUUGCAGGGACAGACCACCCCAUGCAUUUGCAUGGGUACAGUUUCUACGUGGUCGGGUGGGGAUUUGGUUAUUUCGACAAAGAUAAAGACCCUUUGAGGUAUAAUCUCGUCAAUCCUCCAUUGCAGAACACCAUUGCAGUCCCUAAGAAUGGAUGGGCAGCCGUUAGAUUCAAGGCAAACAACCCUGGAGUGUGGUUCAUGCAUUGUCAUAUAGAGCGCCACCUAAGUUGGGGGAUGGAGAUGGCAUUCAUCGUGAAAGAUGGCGAGUGCCGAGAAGAAAAAAUGUUACCUCCACCUCCUUACAUGCCGCCAUGUUGAUACUUCUAACGAAGUCAAUAUCAUGAUUUUGUUUAUUAUAUAUAUUUAUAUACGUGUGUGCAAUAAUCAGUUAUUUUUUAUUUUUAGCAACAAAUAAGAUUUUUCAAUGAGAUACAACAAUUGUCCAAAUCAAAUGGACAAUAAUCUUCAUUGGGGGAGAAUUUCAAAAAACUUUUCAAAUUCUACAACAAGUGUUUUUUAUGUAAUUUUGAAACAUCAUGCAAUUCAUACAACGCUA